GGGGCCGCUGCUGAUUGCCAGGCUCGGUUCGAAGGUAAAGCGCAGUGAAAGAUUUCAAGAUGCCACCUAAUAUAAACUGGAAAGAAAUAAUAAAAGUUGAUCCAGAUGACCUGCCUCGUCAAGAAGAGUUGGCAGAUAAUUUACUGGUUUCCUUAUCCAAGGUGGAAAUAAGUGAGCUAAAAACUGAAAGUCAAGAAAAUGUGAUACACCUUUUCAGAAUUACUCAAUCACUAAUGAAGAUGAAAGCUCAAGAGGUUGAGCUAGCUUUGGAGGAAGUUGAAAAGGCUGGAGAAGAACAAGCAAAAUUUGAAAAUCAAUUAAAAACUAAAGUAAUGAAACUGGAAAAUGAACUGGAGUUGGCACAGCAGUCUGCAGGUGGAAGAGACACUCGGUUUUUACGUGAUGAAAUUCGCCAACUUGAAAAACAAUUGGAACAAAAAGAUAGAGAAUUGGAGGACAUGGAAAAGGAGUUGGAGAAAGAGAAGAAGGUUAAUGAGCAAUUGGCUCUUCGAAAUGAGGAAGCAGAAAAUGAAAACAGCAAAUUAAGAAGAGAGAAUGAGCAGCUUCGUCAGGAUAUUAUUGACUAUCAGAAACAAAUAGAUUCCCAAAAAGAAACACUUUUAUCGAGAAGAGGAGAAGACAGUGACUACCGAUCACAAUUGUCUAAAAAAAACUAUGAACUUGUCCAAUAUCUGGAUGAAAUUCAGACUUUAACAGAAGCUAAUGAAAAAAUUGAAGUUCAGAAUCAAGAAAUGAGAAAAAAUCUAGAAGAGUCUGUACAGGAGAUGGAAAAGAUGACUGAUGAGUAUAACAGGAUGAAAGCAAUCGUACAUCAGACAGAUAAUGUCAUGGACCACUUAAAAAAAGAAAAUGAUCAUUACCGGCUCCAAGUGCAGGAGCUUACAGAUCUUCUGAAAGCAAAAAAUGAAGAAGAUGAUCCAGUCAUGGCUGCUGUCAAUGCAAAAGUAGAAGAAUGGAAGUUAAUUUUGUCUUCUAAAGAUGAUGAAAUUAUUGAAUAUCAGCAAAUGUUGCAUAACCUGAGGGAGAAAUUGAAAAAUGCCCAGCUUGAUGCUGAUAAAAGUAAUGUUAUGGCUCUACAACAGGGCAUACAAGAACGAGAUAGUCAAAUUAAGAUGCUCACUGAGCAAGUAGAACAAUAUACAAAAGAAAUGGAAAAAAAUACUUUCAUUAUCGAAGAUUUGAAAAAUGAGCUUCAUAGAAACAAAGGUGCUUCAACUCUUUCCCAACAGACUCAUUAUAUGAAAAUUCAGUCUAAGGUUCAAAUGUUAGAAGAGAAAACUAAAGAGGCUGAGAGAACAGCUGAACUGGCUGAGGCUGAUGCUAGGGAAAAGGAUAAAGAACUAGUUGAGACUCUAAAGCGAUUAAAAGAUUAUGAAUCGGGAGUAUAUGGUUUAGAAGAUGCUGUUAUUGAAAUAAAGAAUUGUAAAAACCAAAUUAAAAUAAGAGAUCGAGAGAUUGAAGUAUUGACAAAGGAAAUCAAUAAACUUGAGUUGAAGAUCAAUGAUUUCCUUGAUGAAAAUGAAGCACUGAGGGAGCGUGUGGGUCUUGAACCGAAGACAAUGAUUGAUUUAACUGAAUUUAGAAAUAGCAAAAGUUUAAAACAGCAGCAGUACAGAGCUGAAAACCAGAUUCUUUUGAAAGAGAUUGAAAGUCUAGAGGAAGAACGACUUGAUCUGAAAAAAAAAAUUCGCCAAAUGGCUCAAGAAAGAGGAAAAAGAGCUGCAACUUCAGGAUUAACCAUGGAGGACUUGAACCUAACUGAAAACUUUUCUCAAGAAAAUAAAAUAGGAGAAAGGAAAUUCGAUUUUACAAGCCUCAAAAAUAUGAAUGAAGCACAAUCAAAGAGUGAAUUUCUUUCAAGAGAACUAACUGAAAAGGAAAGAGAUUUAGAAAGAGGUAGAACAACAAUAACCAAAUUUCAGAAUAAAUUAAAAGAAUUAGCUGAAGAAAAUAAGCAGCUGGAAGAAGGUAUGAAAGAAAUAUUGCAAGCUAUUAAGGAAAUGCAGAAAGAUCCUGAUGUUAAAGGAGGAGAAACAUCUUUAAUCAUCCCGAGUCUUGAAAGGCUAGUUAAUGCUAUAGAAUCAAAGAAUGCAGAAGGAAUUUUUGAUGCCAAUCUGCAUUUGAAAGCCCAAGUUGAUCAACUUACUGGAAGGAAUGAAGAAUUAAGACAGGAACUCAGGGAAUCUCGGAAGGAGGCUAUAAAUUAUUCUCAGCAGUUGGCAAAAGCAAAUUUAAAGAUAGAUCAUCUUGAAAAAGAGACUAUUCUUUUACGGCAGUCAGAAGGAUCAAAUGUUGUUUUUAAAGGAGUGGACCUACCUGAUGGGAUACCACCGUCUAGUGCCAAUAUUAUUAAUUCUCAAAAUGAAUAUUUAAUACAUAUCUUACAGGAUCUAGAAUAUAAAGAAAAAAAAUUAAAGAAUUUAGAAGAGUCUCUUGAAGACUAUAACAGAAAAUUUGCAGUAAUUCGUCAUCAACAAAGCUUAUUAUAUAAGGAAUAUCUAAGUGAAAAGGAGACCUGGAAAACAGAAUCUGAAACAGUGAAAGAAGAAAAGAAAAAACUAGAGGAUCAAAUCCAACAAGAUGCUAUAAAAGUAAAAGAAUAUAAUAAUUUGCUCAGUGCUCUUCAGAUGGAUUCAGAUGAAAUGAAGAAAACACUGUCAGAAAAUAGUAGAAAAAUAACAGUCUUGCAAGUGAAUGAAAAGUCACUCAUAAGACAGUAUACUACUUUAGUAGAAAUGGAGCGACAGCUUAGGAAAGAAAAUGGGAAACAGAAGAAUGAAUUGAUAGCAAUGGAAGCUGAAGUUGGUGAAAAAAUUGGACGUUUGCAACGAUUUAAGGAAAUGGCCAUUUUCAAGAUUGCAGCUCUCCAAAAAGUUAUAGAUAAUAGUGUUUCUUUGUCUGAACUAGAAUUGGCCAAUAAACAAUACAAUGAAUUGACCGCGAAGUACAGGGACAUCUUGCAAAAAGAUAACAUGCUGGUUCAAAGAACAAGUAACUUGGAACACUUAGAGUGUGAAAAUUCAUCCCUAAAAGAACAAAUGGAGUCUAUAAAUAAAGAGCUGGAGAUUACCAAGGAAAAACUUCACACUAUUGAACAAGCCUGGGAGCAAGAAACCAAAUUAGGAAAUGAAUCAAACAUGGAUAAGGCAAAGAAAUCAAUAACCAACAGUGAAAUUGUUUCUAUUUCAAAAAAAAUCACUAUGCUGGAGAUGAAGGAAUUAAAUGAAAGGCAGCGGGCUGAACAUUCUCAAAAAAUGUAUGAGCAUGUAAGGACUUCAUUAAAGCAAGUGGAAGAACGUAAUUUUGAAUUGGAAACCAAAUUUGCUGAGCUCACCAAAAUCAAUUUGGAAGCACAGAAGGUGGAACAGAUGUUAAGAGAUGAAUUAGCUGAUAGUGUGAGCAAGGCAGUAAGUGAUGCUGAUAGGCAACGGAUUCUAGAAUUAGAGAAGAGCGAAAUGGAACUAAAAGUUGAAGUGUCAAAACUGAGAGAGAUUUCUGAUAUUGCCAAAAGACAAGUUGAAAUUUUGAAGGCACAGCAACAGUCCAGGGAAAAGGAAGUAGAAUCUGUCAGAAUGCAACUGUUAGACUAUCAGGCGCAGUCUGAUGAAAAGGCACUAAUUGCCAAGUUGCAUCAACACAUCGUCUCUCUUCAAAUUAGUGAGGCCACUGUUCUUGGUAAGUUGGAGUCAGUUACAUCUAAACUACAGAAGACAGAGGCCUGUAAUUUGCGCUUAGAGCAGAAACUUGAUGAAAAAGAACAGGCUCUCUAUUAUGCCCGUUUGGAGGGGAGAAACAGAGCAAAACAUCUGCGCCAAACAAUUCAGUCUCUACGACGACAGUUUAGUGGAGCUUUACCCUUGGCACAACAGGAAAAGUUCUCUAAAACAAUGAUUCAAUUACAAAAUGACAAACUGAAGAUAAUGCAAGAAAUGAAAAAUUCUCAGCAAGAGCAUAGAAAAAUGGAGAACAAAACGAUGGAAAUGGAAUUAAAGUUAAAGGGGCUAGAAGAGUUAAUAAGCACUCUAAAGGAUGCCAGGGGAGCACAAAAGGUAAUCAAUUGGCAUAUGAAAAUAGAAGAACUUCGUCUUCAAGAGCUUAAACUGAAUCGAGAACUAGUCAAGGAUAAAGAAGAAAUAAAAUAUUUGAAUAAUAUAAUUUCUGAAUAUGAGCAUACAAUCAGCAGUCUGGAGGAAGAUAUUGUGCAGCAAAACAAGUUUCAUGAAGAAAGGCAGAUGGCCUGGGACCAAAGAGAAGUUGAGCUGGAACGUCAACUCGACAUUUUUGACCAUCAGCAAAAUGAAAUACUAAAAGCAGCACAAAAGUUUGAAGAAGCUACAGGAUCAAUGCCAGACCCUAGUUUACCUCUUCCAAAUCAACUUGAGAUUGCUCUAAGAAAAAUAAAGGAGAAUGUUCGAAUAAUCCUAGAAACACGGGCAACUUGUAAAUCACUAGAAGAGAAACUAAAAGAAAAAGAAUCUGCUUUACGGUUAGCAGAGCAAAAUAUUCUGUCAAGAGACAAAGUAAUCAAUGAACUGAGGCUUCGAUUGCCUGCCACUGAAGAACGUGAAAAGCUGAUAGCUGAACUGGGCAGAAAAGAGGUAGAACCAAAAUCACAUCAUACACUGAAAAUUGCUCAGCAGACAAUUGCAAAUAUGCAAGCAAGGUUAAAUCAGAAGGAAGAAGUAUUAAAGAAGUAUCAGCAUCUUCUGGAAAAAGCCAGAGAGGAACAAAGAGAAAUUGUUAAGAAACAUGAGGAAGACCUUCAUAUUCUUCAUCAUAAAUUAGAACUACAGGCUGAUAGUUCACUCAAUAAAUUCAAACAAACAGCUUGGGAUUUAAUAAAACAGUCCCCUACUCCAGUUCCUACCAACAAGCAUUUUAUUCGCCUGGCUGAGAUGGAACAGACAGUAGCAGAACAAGAUGAUUCUCUCUCUUCACUUUUGGUCAAACUAAAGAAAGUAUCUCAAGAUUUAGAGAGACAAAAAGAAAUCACUGAAUUAAAAAUCAAAGAAUUUGAAAAUAUCAAGUUACGGCUCCAAGAAAACCAUGCAGAUGAAGUAAAAAAAGUGAAAGCAGAAGUAGAGGAUUUAAGGUGUCUUCUGGCCCACUCACAAAAGGAGUCACAGAAUUUAAAAUCUGAACUGCAGGCUCAAAAAGAAGCAAAUUCAAGAGCUCCAACAACUACAAUGAGAAAUCUGGUAGAAAGGCUAAAGAGCCAGUUAGCCUUGAAAGAGAAACAACAAAAAGCACUUAGUCGAGCACUUUUGGAACUCAGGGCAGAAAUGACAGCAGCAGCUGAAGAACGUAUUAUUUCUGCAACUUCUCAGAAAGAGGCAAAUCUCAAUGUUCAACAAAUUGUUGAUCGACAUACAAAAGAGCUAAAGUCACAAAUUGAUGAUUUAAAUGAAAAUCUUUUAAAAUUGAAAGAAGCUCUUAAAACAAGUAAAAACAGAGAAAACUCACUAAGCGAUAAUUUGAAUGACUUAACGAAUGAACUGCAAAAAAAACAAAAAGCCUAUAAUAAAAUGCUUAGAGAGAAAGAUGGAAUUGAUCAAGAGAAUGAUGAACUGAAAAGGCAAAUUAAAAGACUAACCAGUGGAUUACAGGGGAAACCUCUAAUAGAUAAUAAACAAAGUUUAAUUGAAGAACUCCAAAAGAAAAUUAAAAAGCUAGAAAGCCAACUGGAAAGAAAGGUGGAUGAGGCAGAAAUAAAGCCUGUGAAAGAAAAGAGUACAAAAGAAGAAUUAAUUAGGUGGGAAGAAGGUAAAAAAUGGCAAACUAAAAUAGAGGGAAUUAGAAACAAGUUGAAAGAAAAAGAGGGGGAAGUCUAUAUCCUAACAAAGCAGUUGAAUACUUUGAAGGAUCUUUUUGCCAAAGCUGACAAAGAGAAACUUAGUUUGCAGAGGAAACUAAAAACAACUGGCAUUACUGUUGAUCAAGUUAUGGGAGUGCGAGCUUUCGAGUCAGAAAAAGAGUUGGAAGAAUUGAAAAAGAGAAAUCUUGACUUAGAAAAUGACAUUUCCUAUAUGAGGAGCCGCCAAGCUCUUCCUCGAGAUUCUGUCAUAGAGGAUUUACAUCUACAAAACAGAUACCUACAAGAAAAACUUCAUGUUUUAGAAAAACAGUUUUCAAAGGAUGCAUCUUCUAGACCUUCAACUUCCGGGAUAGAGUCAGAUGAUCAUUUUCAAAAGGAACAAGAGCUUCAGAGGGAAAACUUGAAGUUGUCAUCUGAAAAUAUUGAACUAAAAUUUCAGCUUGAACAAGCAAAUAAAGAUUUGCCAAGAUUAAAGAGUCAAGUAAAAGAUUUGAAGGAGAUGUGUGAUUUUCUUAAGAAAGAAAAAGCAGAAGUUGAACGGAAACUUGGUCAUGUUAGAGGGUCUGGUAGAAGUGGAAAGACAAUCCCAGAACUAGAAAAAACCAUUGGUUUGAUGAAAAAAGUUGUUGAAAAAGUCCAAAGGGAAAAUGAACAGUUGAAAAAAGCAUCAGGAAUACUGACCAGUGAAAAAAUGGCUAAUAUUGAGCUGGAAAAUGAAAAGUUGAAGGCUGAAUUAGAAAAACUUAAAGCUCACCUUGGACGUCAGUUGAGCAUACACUAUGAAUCCAAGACCAAAGGCACAGAGAAGAUUGUUGCUGAAAAUGAAAGGCUUCGUAAAGAACUUAAAAAAGAGACUGAAUCUGCAGAAAAAUUGCGGAUAGCUAAGAAUAAUUUAGAGAUAUUAAAUGAGAAGAUGACAGUUCAACUAGAAGAGACUGGUAAGAGAUUACAGCUGGCAGAAAGUAGAGGCCCACAGCUAGAAGGUGCUGACAGCAAGAGCUGGAAAUCAAUUGUUAUGACAAGAAUGUACGAAACUAAGUUGAAAGAAUUGGAAACUGAUAUUGCCAAAAAAACCCAAAGCCUUACUGAUCUUAAACAGCUUGUACGACAAGCAACAGAGAGGGAACAAAAAGCUAAGAAAUACACGGAAGAACUCGAGCAACAGAUUGAGAUUCUCAAACAUGUUCCUGAAGGUGCUGAGACAGAGCAAAGCCUUCAACGAGAGCUUCAAGUUCUAAGAUUAGCUAAAAAUCAGCUGGAAAAAGAAAAGGCGGAAUUAAUCCAUCAGUUAGAAGUUAACAAAGACCAAGGCGGAGCUGAAAGCACUGUAUCUGAUCCUGAUCAACUAAAGGAAAAAGUAAAAGAUUUAGAGACACAGCUCAAAACCUCAGAUUUAGAAAAGCAGCAUUUGAAGGAGGAAAUAAAAAAGCUGAAAAAAGAACUGGAAAACUUUGAUCCUUCAUUUUUUGAAGAAAUUGAAGAUCUGAAGUAUAAUUAUAAAGAAGAAGUGAAAAAGAAUAUUCUCUUAGAAGAGAAGUUAAGAAAACUUUCUGAACAAUGUGGAGUUGAAUUAACUAGUCCUAUUGCUGCUUCUGAACAGUUUGAAGAUGAAGGAGAAAGUCCUCCUAAUCUCCCCAUUUAUUAAGGA